UGGGAAUGUCGAAAGUGUUGCCUUUAUGAUACUCUUCGUAGGGUUAUGACAUUUGAACUGCACAGGCCUACUGACCUGCGCAGCGACUUAAACGUAAAAAUUUUUAGUUCUUAAAAAUCGAAAAUCGUUUAUGAACGUCUACUUAAUUGUUUCUACUACUUUUUUUUUUAAGUUUAAAGUCGUUAUUAAACAAUGUAGAUUUAGUCUUACUCUAUAACGUAUUAAUUUCAACCUUUAAACUCGGCCAGCAGUUUCUGAUAGAUUUUGAAAUAAUUUACGAAUAAAUUUUUUAAGUAGCACAGUUGCAGUUCUCAUAAGUAUGUAUUAAAAUGGCAAUUUGGAAUCACUGAAAUUAUGUGCUAAUAAUGACGUAUUACAUGUCGAUUGUCGUUUUAACAUAGAGUACUUAAAAUAAUAAAAUUUUAUGAAGAGUGUAUAUUUAAUCAGAAAAUGUCUAGAAAUGAACGACUUAAAGUUGACAAAAGAGCUUCAACUAGUCGAGCUAGAUCUAAAGAUUCCCCUAGGAGGGAGUUAGAAAAUGUUGUUAAAAGAGCCCGAAGAGAUAGAGAUCAAAGUCAAUACUGGAUUAAUAAAGUUUUAGAAGCUGAAGAAAAAGAUCCAAAUAGAUGGAAACAUUCUGGUUUUAAGGAAUUGUACACUGAGAGACGAUCUAGAUCUAUAAGUAAACGUUCAUCUAGUAGUUUCUCUUCAAGUUGUACUCGUUCAUCAAUGCAUAGAUCAUUAUCUCGUAGAAGACGAAGGCUACUUUCACCUGAUAUUAGACGUUCACAACGUUCAUUAUCUGUACGACGUGCUUCUCCAUUAUCCAGACGGCGCUCACCAUUUCGUUCUAAAAAAUCCCCUUUGUCUCUUCGUUCUAGAAGGAGACGUAAAUCUUCUUCUGAAUCCCCAAUUACUAAUAGUUCACGGUUAAGGCGCUCUAGAUCAUUAAGCAGAAAAAAGCGCUCUCCAUUAUUUAGUCGCAACCAUAGAAUUAUAUCACCAUCACAUAAAAAAAGAGGAAAUAAAAAACAUGGUCGAAAACAUAUAAGGCACUCAUCAGAAGAUCAGGUUCGUUCAUCUAGUGUAAGCACUUGCUCAGACUCACAUUGUUCUGUUUGUGAAGCUAGAAUACCUAUGAAUAGACGUGAGCCUCCUCCAGAACCUCUAGCUCGACCUAAGUCUCCAAAAAUAGCUAGAGCUAUUAUUCCUAUUCAUGAACGUUCAAGGUCGAGAUCAUUUUCAGUCCCAAGAUAUACACCAGUUGUAGAAGUAAGUUCUACCACUGGUUUGCCAAAAAGUAGUGGACCGCCAGAACCAGCACCUACAAAAACCAAACGCACAAAAAAAAUUAAAUCACAUAAAAAGAAAAAAUCUCAUAAAGUGAAAUCUUCUCACAUUGAAACUGCAAUAUUACACCAGCCUACUAUUAAGGUGGAAUCUAUGUCUGACGAAGAUUCGAGUGUUGGUGGUUCGGAUAUGCCUAUGAGUUCAUCAUCUGGGGGUCAUCUGACAUUAUCUGAACGUUUUAGUAAAAUGGCUCAAAUGGGUCGUGCUCAUGAAUUACCACAAAGAAGUCUUCGUGUUACAGCUGGUGAUGACUAUAGAGUUGAAAUUGGCUCCCCACCUCAUCCAUUCCCUACUCCAGCAAUAGGAUCUUUGCCAGAGGGAACAUCUAUUGAAGAUGUUAAAGGACGGUAUGCUUAUUAUAAAGAACAAGGAUAUUUAGGUGACCUUUCAUUAACUGAUUAUGUAAAAUGGGAAGAAUGGUGGUAUAAAUAUCAGGACUGGUUAGAAGCUGAACGAGCUUAUGAUGCACAUUUAGAUAGGUAUACUCGUGACAGAAGAUACAGAGAUGAACCACCAAUAUUUUGACUUUUUUUUUUUAAUUUGGUUUUUUCUUGGAUUAAAAUGAAAAAAUCACUAUACAUCGACUUAAAGAGAGGUAUGGUAAAUGAUUAAAUAGUGCAUUGAUAAAUAACAUAUGUACAUGAGCGUGUAUAUAUUAUAUAUAAAUAUAUAUAUAAAUGUAUAAUUAUUGUGUAAAAUUUGAAGUUAACAAUAUCUGUUUAAAAAUAUAUGUUAACUAACAAAUUAA